UUGCAGCAAUGUUACGACAUGGAAGAUUUGCAACUUCGAGAUCAGAUGCAAACUCUGGCUGCCUCACUCCCACACAACUUUUCGUGCUUAAUAUGCAUGGAAGAACAACCUGCGGACAACAGUGUGGAUCUUGAAUGUGAUCACUCGAUAUGCAGAACCUGUAUCCGAGGACAUAUUUCCUCCAAGAUCGAAGAACAUCGUUUUCCAGUCCUGUGUCCCGUUUGCAUGACAGCAGAGAAUAACCGUCAGCCUGCAGCGAUCUCGGGACUCCUCGUGCAGCAAAUUGGUGUCGAUGAGAGGCAAUAUGCGAUUUGGGAAGAAAUGGAACUAAGUCAGCUUUCAGUUCUUCUUCACUGCCGCAAAUGUCAGCGUUCGGUGCCGGUAGACAGACAGGAGCAUGACGAAUCUCGCAUGCUGAUUUGUCCUCUACCCGAUUGUGAUCAUAUUUGGUGCAAAGCAUGCCAGCAAUCUUUUAUAAUCGACGGUCCUCCCCAUUCUUGUGACGGAACCUCGGAACUGGACGAUUUAAUGAAGCAGCAAGGGUGGAAGUAUUGCCCGAACUGCAAAACUCCAGUCCAGAGAGACGGGGGAUGCAGCCAUAUGACCUGCAUCUCCCCGGCCUGCAACACUCACUUUUGCUACACUUGUGGGGAAAAUAUUGUUCGCAGCGCCCUGACAAGUGACAUUCAGACUGCGGUCGCUGCUCACUAUCGUGUUUGUGAACUAUUUGAC